AUGCUCUGGCGGCGAUCCUUGGGCAAACGAGCUAUCGCGCCCGUCACUGGGGGCGUAGGCCAGAGGGAGCAGGUCACCAAUGGUACCUUCCAAUAUGUCGGCGAAGGGGGAGGGAAUAAUUCGGGACUCACGUAUCAGGACGCCACUGGCGCUCCAAUUGAGAGCAAGUCCCCGUUGGGAUACUCUGUCGGCCCCGUUACAGUUACCUUGCUGAACAUUACUAUGAUGAUUGGUGCUGGUAUCUACUCCACACCAUCAUCUAUUCUGUCGGGUACUGGCUCAAUCGGCCUGAGUUUUGUCUAUUGGACUCUUGGUUACUUGUUAUGUCUCGCGUCUGGAGCUGUGUACCUCGAAUUUACCGCUUACUUCCCCAGUCGAUCGGGUUCGGAAGUCGUCUUCCUCGAACAGGCUUACCCUCGUCCAAUGUGGCUCUUUCCCACCACCUUUGCGGUUCAGAGCGUCAUUCUUUCGUUUGGAAGUGCCAAUGCUACAGUUAUGGCCAACUAUUUAAUCGCCAUCUCUGGACACGAUGGCACCGAGUGGAAGAUCAAAGGAACAGCUCUGGCCUGCUACAGUCUUGCUACCUUGAGCCUGGUGUUUAACACGAAAUACGCAUACUGGUUCUCGAAUGCCGUUGGGAUUGUAAAGAUCUGCACCUUGCUCUUUGUUAUUGUCACUGGUUUUGUUGUUUUGGGUGGCAAUACCAAGAUCGAGAACCCCAAAGCGAACUUCCAAGAUGCGUGGUCGGGAAGCGCUACAGCUACUGGAUACGGCCUAACUACCGCCUUGUAUCGUAUUAUUUUCUCAUAUGGUGGAUAUAAUAACGCCUUCAAUGUUGCCAACGAGGUCAAGAACCCCGUCAGAUCACUCAGAAUAUAUGCCACUGUUGCGCUUACUACGGUGUAUGUUCUAUACAUGUUGGCAAACGUCGCUUUCUUUGCUGCUGUUCCGAAGGACGAGAUAGAGAACUCUGAUCUGACUACUGCAAACCUGUUCUUCACCAAGGUCUUCGGUAAUAGCGGUGCAGUUCGUGGCCUCAACUUUCUUAUUGCCCUGGCUUCCUUUGGUAACAUGAUUGCCGUGAUAAUUGGCUUAUCUCGGCGAAUCAGGGAAUGCGGACGACAGGGCGUUCUGCCCUGGACAACGUUCUGGGUAUCGACUAAGCCCUUCGGCACACCUUUGGGGCCAUACGCUGUUAUUUGGUCUCUGACUGCAUUAAUGAUUCUAGCUGUUCCUGCUGGAGAUGCUUUUACUUUCGUCAACGAUUUGAGCAUCUUACCAUCUGCUGCAUUUAAUUUAGCAAUGGCAGUUGGCAUCUACAUUGUUCGCUGGCGUCGAAAGAAGGCCAACCUUCCGGAACCCGAGUUUAAGGCCUGGCAUGUGGUGAUUAUCUUUAAUAUUCUGAUCCAGCUGUACCUCAUUAUAAUGCCUUGGUACCCUCCUGCAGGUGGCCAAUAUGCAGGUGAUGUCAGCUUCUGGUAUGCGACAUACGCCGUAACAGGAGUUGGAAUUCUCCUUGCUUGCGCCAUCUAUUACUGGCUUUGGGCAUUCCUUAUUCCCAAGUGGAGGGACUAUAGCCUGCGACAGGAACUCAUCAGUCUGGAUGACGGAGCUCAGAGCUACCGACUUCGGAAAAUACCUAAUCCUGAGGUCAGCGAAUGGGAUGAAAGGCACGAUGUAACUGGCCGUCUCAUUGAGAACCAUGUCGCUGAAAUUCAGGUCUUCGAAAAGGGUACAGAGCAUUUUUAA